GUUUUGUAUUUGAAUUAGCAUCAUAGAUAGCAUGGCGAGUUGUUCAUAGAGAUAUCUUUCUCUUUUUCGAAUUCUAAUGUAGUUCUGUAAUGGGAAAGUACUAUGCUAAGAGUUCUAAGGAUCGUGUCACCAUUUUCUUGAUCUUAUGCAUGGUCUUACUCAUUUCCAUUAAUGGAUUUUAUGCUACACAACCAAAUUCUAUUGAUGUGAGAAAUUAUGGAGCUGUUGGAGAUGGCAAAACUGAUGAUUCUAGGGCCUUUCUGAAAUCAUGGGCUGCGGUAUGUGGAGCCGAUCCUUCAGCCACUCCCACCCUCACCAUACCUUCUAGGAAGACAUUCUUGUUGAAAGUCUUUGGAGUUUAAUGGUCCUUGCAAGCCCCACAAAA